AUGAAAUAUACAAGUUAUAUCUUAGCUUUACAGCUUUGCGUGAUCUUGGGUUUUUCUAGCUGCUACAGCCAGUCCACGAUUUUUAACGAAACACAAAAACUAAAGAGAUAUUUUAAUGCAACAAGUUCAGAUGUAGGGAAUGGUGGACAUCUUUUCUUAGAUAUUUUGACGAAUUGGAAAGGGGAGAGUGACAUAAAAAUAAUUCAGAGCCAAAUCGUCUCCUUCUACUUCAAACUCUUUGAAAACAUUGAAGAUAACAAGACCAUUCAAAAUAGCCUGGAUAUUAUCAAGGAAGAGCUGCGUGUUAAAGUUUUCAACAGCAGCAACAGCAAAAUGGAAGACUUCAAGAAGCUAAUUCAAACUCCAGUAAAUGAUCAGAGGGUCCAGCGCAAAGCCAUAUAUGAACUCUUCAAUGUGAUAACUGAGCUGUCAAAAUCUAACUCCAAGAUGCGGAAAAGGCGUCAGAAUCUGUUUCGUGGCUGGAGAGCAUCGAAAUAA